UUUCUAAACCCUCUCUCUCUCUCUCUCUCUCUCUCUCCCUGAAAAAGCUUGUUGCUCGCACUAAUACCGUCGUUCGCUCUCUCUCUGUCUCUCUCUCUCCUCACACUAGGGUAAAAGAAACGGAGUGCUCAAUCUUCAAGCUGGCGAUCGAAAAUCAAGACACCACAGUUCGCGAAAUCAAGCCGAAGAACCGCAGGAUCAUGGGUGCUGGAGGUCCAGAUGAUGACGACAACAGGUGGCCGCCAUGGCUGAAGCCUCUGCUCAGGGAGAGCUUCUUCGUGCAAUGCAAGACGCACGCCGACUCGCACAAGAGCGAGUGCAACAUGUACUGCUUAGACUGCAUGAACGGACCUCUCUGCUCUCUCUGCCUCCUGUCUUACCACAAGGAUCAUCGUGCCAUUCAGAUAAGGAGGUCGUCAUACCACGAUGUGAUCAGAGUGUCCGAGAUACAGAAAGUGCUGGACAUAACUGGUGUCCAGACCUACAUCAUCAACAGCGCCAGGGUCGUGUUCUUGAACGAGCGACCUCAGCCCAGGCCCGGGAAGGGCGUCACCAACACCUGUGAAGUCUGCGAGCGCAGCCUCCUCGAUUCCUUCCGUUUCUGCUCUCUCGGUUGCAAGAUUGUUGGGACAUCCAAGAACUUCGUGAAGAAGCCGAUGAAGCCGAAGAAGCAGCGGGCAAUGGCCUCCGACUCCGAUGAGGAUUCAUACAGCAGCAGCAGCAACAGCAGCCGCCGCCGCCGCCACAAGAGCCCCCACCGCGUCCACCACCACCACAAAGUCCACAGCUUCACGCCGUCCACGCCGCCUCCGACCGCCACCAACUACCGGAUCGCGAAGCGCAGGAAAGGGAUCCCCCACCGAGCCCCCAUGGGCGGGCUCGUCAUCGAGUACUGAUCAGCCCCCCGUCUGGCCGCGUAUUUACGUCGUUGCCACGAAGUCAACGUCAGCAGUCAAGGUCCCUGCGAUUCCGUACCCGAGCUUCUCGCCAAGGAGAGAGGCCGGUAUGGGGAUGGGCCCCCCCUUCUCUCUCUCUAGACUUUUCUCUUUUCCUCUUUUCUUUUGUGCAUAGAAGCAUAAAAAAGAUAGAUAAAUGGGGUGAAAGAUGCAAAUAAGAUAAAAUAUCGAGGACCACAAUGCAAAAGAAGAAUGUGAUAAAUAGAAAAUAACAAGCGUAUAGGUGGAAGUGAGUUUAGGUUUUAGAGUGAUGGGAGCUUUUAUACAUAUAGGUUUUGGUAAUGGGGGGGAAAAUGUCAAUAUGGGGGUUUUGUGGGGUCACUUCAGCUUAGUAGUAUUUCGGAGAAGAAGCAUGUAGUCCCAAUGACGAUGUUUUAUAUAUGUGGAUUGGAAAUGAAGUUGCAAAAAAAAAAAAAAAAAAAGAUUUACUAAUUCUCGCAUUUUGGAUGUUUGCA